UAUCAAUGCCGAUACAAUACGUUUUCUCUUGAAAUAAUCAUCUAGAGGAGAGAGAGAGAGAGAGAGAGAGAGAGGUGGUGUGUACUGAUGAUGGUUGAACGUGGAACCGUAGGAGGGAAAAUAGAAAACCCCCAAACUUUUUUUCUUCAAUGGAAAAUUCUGUUGACGGACCCACCAAUUCUUCUCUUCACACCAUCAGUAGGCAUAAGCAUGACCAUCCCAAAGCUCUCUCACAAUUCCACUUUCCAACCUUUCCUUUUCUUCAUCUUCUUCAUCACUCACGUCUCUCCUCUGUCCUCUGUUCCUCCACUUUCCUGUCUUUAAUGGCUGCCCCAUAACCUAACCCCUCUGUCAUUGUAUAUGCGUGGGUCGGUGUUUCAGCCUUCUGGGUCUCUCUCUUUUUGGUCGGUGAAGAUUGCCCACAAAGCCCUUCAAAAAAAUAUCAGAUUAUUUCCUUUGGGUGUGUGAUGGUUUUGGGUAUUUCAGGUUCUGUAAAGCUUUUAUUUCCUUAGAUACCCACUGAGAAAAUAUUUUCUAUUUUGACAUUUUUUCUUUUUUUUUCUUUCUUUUUUUCUCCUGGGUUUGUGAUGAUAUGCUUGGAGUGUUCAGAAUUUUGAUUUGGGUAUUUCACAAAGCUUGAGUUUGUUGGGUCUUUAAGUUCUCACUUGGUGUUUCAACCAUUUGGGUCUGUUUCGUUUUUGCUCGUUGAAAACACCCAGAAAGCAAAUUGGAGAUCAGUGUUUCAGAACAAUCGGGGCAUCAUCACUGUGUAUUUGGUGAUUCCAGGCUUGGAUUGUAAUUAAUAGAUGGUUUGAGGUUGAAGAUUUGACAUUUGAAGGAAAUUUCUUGAGUAAGUAAUGGUCAAAAAGUGUAGGUGAAAUUGAUGUAUGUAGCGUGGAGAAAGUAAGGUUUUGGGUUGAUUCAAUGUUUUUGGGAUGUGAGUUUAACAGCCUGUAAAGCAAGUUUGGAUGACUUCUAAGAUUUUGAUCAAAAUUUCAACUAUAAGUUUGAUUGUUGAUUUAAUUUGGUAAAUUGAGGUUUGAUUGGUGAAUAACUGAACUAUGAACCAAUCAUAAUCUUGGAAGUGUAGAGUGAACAUACUUGGUUUUAAUUGAUCUUUUGGUCAAAGCGAAGAUCAGACUACCAUACAUGUAAUUUGCUGUUUUUGGGGAGAAUUUAAGGCACUUGUUAAAGCUUGUGGAUGAAAAGUUAGAAAAGAAAGCUUUAAUCCCUUGCCAACCCAAGAAAACUUUGGUUCACUGAGCUUGACUCUGUUGGAAAGAUUGAGGAUUUGAAAUUGGAAUUUAUUCCAUCUUCUCAGUGGCCUAUCAAUUUCAAGGGUUCUGAUUUUCAGCAAGGAAAUCUGGAUGAACAGAAUGUGCUGAGUCAAAAUUUGGUCAUUAUGGCAAAGAGAUCACAACGACGUCAUGUGCGAUAUGAAAAAGAUCAAGCAGGCUGUAUAUGGGGUUUCAUUAGUAUGUUUGACUUUCGCAAUGGUCGAUCAACUCGUAAGCUGCUUUCAGAUAGGAGGCAUCCAAGCAGACCAGUUGUUGGUGCUGGAUACUCUAGGUCUAAGCUGCACAUGCUGUCAAACUCCAACAUUAAUGCUCAAGAAAUUUAUGAUGGUGAAGAAAGAGCCACUAUGAUAGCUGAUGCUGCUAAGACAAGUGUAAAGGAACUUAUGGAAGAAGAGAUGUUCACCGAACAAGACCCGAAGAGGCCAGUGAGUAGUGCGGACACAGAAGCCAAAGAAUCUGAUUCAGAACGUCCUCUACGUGUGAAAAAGAACCGAAAGCGAACAAGCAAAACCAGCAAGAGUUCUGGUGACAUACAUUGCGAGUUUGAUGCUGCUGAAAACCUGGGACCAGAAAACUCUAGUCAUCGAGUUUCAGAGGAAAAAUCUUCGAAAAAUCUUGAUCUGGAAGUAGUAGUGAACGAGCUCUGCCAGAAAAUCCGUCAGAAAAGUACUAGCCAUGCAAAGCAUGACUCAAACAUUGAUCCUGUCAUGCAGUCUGAGCAGACUUAUUCUGUGUUUGGCGAAAAAUUAAAAGAGGCAAUUAAGGCGUUUUUAGAUCAGAGGAGUACAGAUGGGAAGCAUCCAACAGAAGAUGGUAAAAUUGAUCAAUCAAAAGAAUUUAUGGAUGCACUUCAGACAUCAAGAUCAAACAAAGAAUUGAUUUUGGAACUCCUAAAGGGUCCGAACUCACUGCUCAUGAAGCACAUUGAAGACUUGGAGGGUGCUCGGUUAGAGAAAGACCGAACUUCCAAUUCAUUGGCACUAAAUAACUCAAAACCGCAUGUAUCUGUUGUUCGUAAGCAGCACAAUUUCUUCAGGAGACGGAGCAAGUCUCAGGAAAAAAUCUCAUUAAUGGGAAAUGAAAAUUGUCAAACUUCGAAUAGAAUUGUCAUUUUAAAGCCUGGACGGGCGGGCGUGAAAAUUUCCGAAACUGAAAGAAAGCUUAGCCCAUCAUUGCAAUCUGAUUACGGGUUUGGAACUAAAGUGCAGACCGAGAAAAUUGCUUCCCAGUUUUCUUUUACUGAAAUUAAAAGAAAGUUAAAGAAUGCUAUGGGAAAGGAGCGGCAUAGAGUCCCUUCGGAUGAUAUUAUGUAUAGAUUUCCUAAUGAGCGUCAAUACUCAGGAAAUACUGACAAAGUUGGAUGGAAUUCUCCAAACAGAAACCAUUUCUAUAAUGAAAGAUUUGCCAGACCUAACAUUGGUAUCAAGAACAAAGACAAGAGUUAUAAGUCAAAAGACACUGAAAAAGGGAUGGGAAAUGGAACUGUUGAAUAUGCCGAGCAAAGGGUAUCGAACAUCUAUGUCGAGGCAAAGAAACAUCUCUCGGAAAUGCUGAACGAUGGAGAUGAAAUUGAGGAUUUUUCAAGCAGGCAAUUACCAAAAACAUUGGGAAGGAUUCUUUCUCUUCCUGAGUUCAACUUCUCUCCCAUUUACAGCCCCGGGCACAGUUUUGUAACAGCACAGCAGAGAUUUUGCUCUCACAACAAUUUUCACGUGGUCAAUGAGGACACACUGCGGCUUCAAGAAAAUCGUGGCAUUCAUCCAAGUCCUUCAAGGCAAAACUUAAAUAGUCAAUCGUGCAUUAGUGCCCAUCCUGAAGAAAAAGUACAACCUUGUAACUCAAAUUCAGAUGAUGCUGUGGAUGAGCUUGAUAAUGCUAACAUAGUGGAAGGAACCUUGUGUUCUAUGAGACCUGAGAAUAGUUCUGAAGAUGAUGUGACGAUUGUACAAACAGCUGAUGUAUUAGUCCAGGAAGAGAGCAAAGUCUUGGACAUUUCAGAUGAACAAUGUAGCCCUUCAGUUGUUGGAGAUGACCAAAACGGUGAUCUUGCUGAAGUUUGUGACGAAGAGGAAUCUGCCCAAUGCUUGAAAUUGGACUCAUUUGAACAGGAGCAAUUAACGUCUUCUCCAUUAACAUCCCCACAAAGCUCUUCAAUCACCGUGCAAGUUGGAGAUUCAGAUGGUGCUAAUGAAAAAACAGAGCGGCCCAGUCCUGUAUCUGUGCUUGAGCCAAUAUUCACGGAAGAUGACAUCAGCCCCGCAGGCACCAAAUCUCAACCCGUUGAACCUCCGAUUCAACCACUCCAGAUCCAUUUCGAAGAACAGCUCUCUUCUGCUACAAAUCAAGAAAUUUGUGUAAGCGUUUGUUUGGAUGAUGAGGAAUCAGCAUUUGAAUACGUUGAAGCAAUACUUCUGGCAUCUGACUUGAAUUGGGAAGAAUUUCUCUUGAGAUGGCUUUCUUCGGAUGAAAUUCUUGACGCGUCAUUGUUUGAUGAAGUAGAGUUGUUUUCAAACCGUCCUUGGUAUGACCAAAAGCUCCUCUUUGAUUGUACCAAUGAAGUUCUCAAGGAGGUUUGUGAGAGGUAUUUUGGUUACUCCCCGUGGGUAUCAUUUGUAAAGCAUAACAUUCGGCCAAUCCCAAGAGGGAAAGAUCUCAUUCAUGAGGUAUGGGAAGGAGUUGAAUGGGAUCUUCUUCCGGAAGCUUCUCCUCGGACGUUAGACCAAAUUGUUCGAAAAGACAUGGCAAAAAUCGGAACGUGGAUGGACCUCCAAUUCGAUGUUGAGAGUGUUGGUGUCGACAUUGGAGAAGCCGUUUUUGAAGAAUUGGUGGAAGACGCUAUAUCGAGCUUCGUAAAUGAAGGUUCACAAAUUGAUUGAUGAAAAUGAAUAACAUCGAUUUUGUGAAAUGAGAGGCAACUUCAUUUCGUUCUUCGCAAGAGGUGCACCCACCUUGAGUUGACACAGGAGGGAGGUAAGUGGGUUGUGUUUUGACAUCUCACCAGGUUAGGUUAGGCCUCAUCUCGCGCUCACUGAGAGCUUUCUAUAGAGAAUUUGAUACGACUUUAUCUACUGAAAUCAUAUGGAUGUGUUAAAAUUUUCUAAAGUUCAUCCAAAACUAGCUCAGGAACUCUCCUGGAAAAAGCUGUGAAACAAACAAUCCUUAUUAUAUAUAUAGUGUUGAUCAUUGUAUAAUUUGUAGAGUUUGGUGUGUGGAUUGUGUGUUGUACUUGACCUGUUUGUUUGAGAAAUUUCUUUGUUUUGUUGUUUGAUACCAUUCA